AGGUGCAGCUGCAGGCACGGCGGUACCUUCCAGCCCGUCCCAGAGGAGGUCACUUGAGCCCCGGCCAUGUGGCUGCUCCUGCUGCUGGCCGCCCUCCUCGGGGCAGCGCUGUGGCUGCUCAGGGACCGGCGGCGCCUGCCUGCCAGCUCCGCCUUCGUCUUCAUCACGGGCUGUGACUCGGGCUUCGGGCGGCUUCUGGCACUGAGACUGGACCAGCGAGGCUUCCGGGUGCUGGCCAGCUGCCUGACCCCCUCGGGGGCCGAGGAUCUGCAGAGAGUGGCCUCCUCCCGCCUCCGAACCACCCUGCUGGAUGUCACCGAUCCCCAGAGUGUCCAGCAGGCGGCCAAGUGGGUGGAGACACAAGUCGGGGGCGCGGGGCUUUUCGGCCUGGUGAAUAACGCGGCGGUGGCCGGCAUCAUCGGGCCCACGCCCUGGCUGACCCGGGACGAUUUCCAGCGGGUACUCGAUGUGAAUACCCUGGGUCCCAUCGGCGUCACCUUGGCCCUACUCCCCCUGCUACAGCAGGCCCGGGGCCGGGUGGUCAACAUCACCAGCGUCCUGGGCCGCCUGGCAGCCAAUGGCGGGGGCUACUGUGUCUCCAAGUUCGGCCUGGAGGCCUUCUCUGACAGUCUGAGGAGGGACAUGGCCCCUUUUGGGGUACGAGUCUCCAUUGUGGAGCCAGGCUUCUUCCGGACUGCAAUGACAAACCAGGAGAGUUUGGAGACCACCCUGCAGGCGCGCUGGACAGAGCUGGCUCCAGCCACUCGGGCCCGCUACGGGGAGGCCUUCCUUGCCAAGUACCUGCAAGUCCAGCAGCACAUCAUGAGCCUGAUCUGUGACCCCGACCUGACCAAGGUGACCAGAUGCCUGGAGCAUGCCCUGACCGCCCGUCACCCUAGAACGCGCUACAGCCCAGGCUGGGAUGCCAGGCUGCUCUGGUUGCCCGCCUCCUAUCUGCCAGCCAGCCUGGUGGAUGCUGUCCUUGGCUGGGUCCUCCCAAAGCCUGCCCAGGCCAUCUGCUAAAGCAGCCCCUGUGUAAGUCUUUCAAGGGCAAGGACUUGGGUUUCUCACCCCACCCUGGUACUGCCUGAUGCCUGGUACAAAACAAA